AUGGCGAAAGUCAUCAUCGACGCGGAGUACCUCAAGGAGAUCGAGAGAGCCCGCCGUGAGCUUCGCGCGCUCAUCGCCAACAAAAACUGUGCACCUAUUAUGCUGCGUUUGGCGUGGCAUGACGCGGGGACGUAUGAUGUGAACUCGAAGACCGGAGGUCCGAAUGGUUCGAUUCGAAAUGAAGAGGAGUGCGCUCACGGAGCCAACAAUGGCUUGAAAAUCGCGCUCGAGUUUUGUGAACAAGUGAGGUCUAAAUGCCCAAGAAUUACAUAUGCAGAUUUGUAUCAGCUUGCAGGUGUUGUUGCAGUUGAAGUUACUGGAGGCCCUACAAUUGAAUUUGUGCCUGGUAGAAAGGAUUCAAAGAUUUCUCCAAAGGAAGGACGGCUUCCAAAUGCUAAUGAAGGAGUGCCACACCUUCGGGAGGUAUUCUAUCGUAUGGGCUUGUCUGAUAAAGACAUAGUGGCACUGUCGGGUGGCCAUACCCUGGGAAGGGCACAUCCUGAGAGAUCUGGUUUCGAUGGUCCUUGGACUGCAGAGCCAUUGAAGUUUGAUAAUUCAUACUUUAAGGAAUUGCUUAAGGGGGGAAAUGAGGGCUUACUAAAACUCCCAACUGAUAUGGCCUUGCUGGAUGAUCCAGAGUUUAAGAGUUAUGUUGAGCUUUACGCUAAGGAUGAAGAAGCUUUCUUCAAAGACUACGCCGCGUCACACAAAAAACUUUCCGAAUUAGGGUUUAACCCGACCCAAACAGGUGCUAAGGCAAUUGUGCAAAACGGCACCAUAUUGGCUCAAAGUGCCGUUGGGGUUGCAGUUGCUGCUGCAGUCGUGAUCUUCAGUUACUUUUACGAAGUGAGGAAAAAGAUGAAAUAA